AUGCUGAAGAACGGCUUUCAUGAAGGAGGAAGGAGCCUAACAAGCAGGAAAUGGUCCCCUCUGAAGCUGCUGGUGCUGGGAGCGCACAACACUGGAAAGACAGCCCUGUGCGUCCGCUUCGUAACCAACGCUUCCAUCGGAGAGUACGACCGCAAGAAGGACGUGACCUACAGGUGCAGCCGCACGGUGGACCAGGAGUCUGUGGAUCUGGAGAUCUUGGACGUUGCUUGGAAGGAGAGCUCGGCGGCUUCGCUGGAGGCCUCCAUCCGCUGGGCCGACGGCUUCCUGCUGCUCUACUCCAUCACGCAGCGCUGCAGCUUCACGGAGGUCCCGCGACUCAAGACGCUCAUCACCAGGACCAAACAGAGCCUGGUGGUUCCCACAGUGCUGGUAGCCAACAAGGCGGAUUUGGAAAUCGGCAGGGAGGUGACGACGGAGGAAGGACAGCGUGCUGGCGAAGGAUUUAAGGCGAGUGUCCUUCGGUGUGGCUUCAGGGAGCUGUCCGUGGCCGAGGCCGCGCUGGCCGUGGAGGCUGCGGUGCUUCAGCUCAUCAGGCUGGUGCUGGACCAGCAGCGCCCCCUGCCGGACCGCCGCUCCUACAUGCUGACUGUCCGCCACGCUCACCAGAAACUGACCCGGUCCAAGACCAUGCAGUGGUGA